AUGAAAUUAGAUUAUACCUAAGGCUUGUUAGUAUUUAAAAAUACACUUUUAGUAGUUAACUCUUUAAAUGAUAUCAAAUUUGAGAUUAGAAGUGUGCCAUCAAUCCCAAUCAAUGAAAUACGAAGAGUAAGAAAGCCUAUAUAAUUCCGAUUACUGAGAUUAUUGUACAUUAUUGGGCAACAACAAAGUUGGAAAGUGCAGAGAAACUUUAUUUCAUCAUGUAACCAUUUUAAUUAUUAUUAGAAUUAAUAAAAUUGCUAUGUGGCUCAAAUGAAUAUAGAGGGAAAAGGAACUUUAAAAUUAGCCUGUUUAUUAAAAUGUAAUUUUGA